AUGGUGUCGCUUGUUGAUCUCUUUGACCCAGCAGGCUUCUAUCCACUAUGCGUAUCCCUCAUCAGCAGUCUAGACGGUGUAUCUAUCCUUCGCCUGAGCAUGACAUGCCGGGCGUUGAGAAGACUUUACGACUCUGCCAAGAAGAUACGGUGGAAUAUUGAUAAGUCGCUUGUUCGCUUUGUGAAAGACCCUUCUUUUUUUCGCCUGUGCAUGCAGCAGACGGGGACCAUUAUUUCCGGCAGCUUUGCCCUGCAAUUCUUUGAUGGUGUAUACUGGCCCGAGUCUGACCUCAAUAUGUAUGUGCCAGGCUCCUCCAGAUUUGAGGUACUCACACGCUGCCUUAUCGACAAUGAAGGGUAUCAUGAAGAAAAGUAUCCCUCUGUUAAUCGGCCCGAGAUGGGGUCUUCAUAUAAUCUAAGGAGUUUUACACGAGGUGACAAACGCAUUCAACUAAUUAUAGUUGUAGAAGAUCACGAUGAUCCUGUGCGUUUCAUCUUGGGGAACUUUUACGGCAGUGCAAUUUUGAACUUUAUUACAUUCUCCAAAGCCUACUCAGUCUUUCCAGAAAACACCUUUGUCCAGCGCGAUAUGUGUAUUCUGAAAGACCGCACGUUGUCUCGUGAACGAGAGAUAGCUAAAUAUCGACAAAGAGGAUUUGAACCAACCGAGCUUCGGUAUUCCACUGUUGACGCUACCAAAAUUGCAGUUUCUGAGCGCUUAAUUGGAGACAGCCAAACCUGGUGUUUAGACUUGGGCAACCCCUGGAGGCUUCCAGAAAACAAAAAAUUUAAGUCCCUUAGGAUAAGCAUAAGAACCGGCAUCGGUCGCUACCUCUUGUGGGUUUUUUAA